CUGUCCUCAACAGAUUGAUUAACGAUACAAUUUGGAUUGAUAAUUUAUAAAUAAUGGAACACACUAAUAUGGAAAUAGAUUUAGAAGGGACGGUGGACCUGACUGUAUCAGCAGAAGUAGCAAAAAAGGAAGAAGAGGACUAUGAUUCUAUGCCUGAAGUCAACGAAGUCCAAGCUAGACUUAUAUUGACAGAUCAGCAGAAAAGCGACAUGCUUGCGGCUUUUAAUCUUCUAGACCACACUGGUGAAGGCAAAAUCAAGGCUGAAGACUUCCGUGUGGCCAUCAAAGCUCUUGGAUACGAACCCACCAAAGAAGAGCUUCAACACAUGAUUAAUGCUGUCGACAAGGGCUCGACAGGCAAACUUAGCUUCGAGAACUUUCAAACGGCAAUCAUGCGCAAAGUGAUGGCCAAGGACACUGAUCCAGACAUCAUGAAGAGCUUUAGACUCUUUGAUGAUGAUGACCAGGGGCUGAUAAGUUUUGAGAACUUAAAACGCGUAACUGAGAUCCUCGAAACUCAUUUGACGGAUGAGGAAAUAGAAGAAAUGAUGGAUGAUGCCGAUAAAGAUAUGGACGGCUUUGUUAGUGUCCAGGAGUUUAUGAAGAUGAUAAAGAACUCUGUCCACAUAGUGACUCCGUAG